UAUUUUCCAAUGCUGUGUGAAACUAAGAAAUCCCAUAGGGCAUCCUUAACCACAAGUCUUCAUGAUUAGAGGGUUGACAUUCGGAACUUGACUGCUGUGAGAAUUUGUGAGGAAUCACGAUCUUGGAUCUGUAUAACCGUCGCGCUGGAUGAUCUGAGGGUUAAAUAGCCGGUAACAUCAUCAUCUCAAUUCCCACAGAACAGUAUAUACUUAAGGACUGCUUGACACGAUGAUCAACUACAGCAUGGAGGUGGUCGUAUCCACCGAUACGGACGAUGUCGAACUCCCCGAAGACAACAUGGGCGUGGUCAACCCAAUCCCCAUCGAUAUCGAGGACGAGGAAAGACUCAAGGUAUCGCCGUCGAGGAAGUCACGAUUGUCUGCCGCUGACCUCAUCAGCGUGUCCUCAUCCCUACCGGACUCGUACCUACCCCAAUACCCCGACGUCUCGAUCGCGCCGUCGAUCACCAGCUCGAUCAAGCCACAGAUCUCCAAGUCGGUCGAAGACCUCCUGGUCAAUGCCGACCUGGAGGACUGUCGGAACCGGUUGUCGAGACACGGGUACGACUCGAUGAGGAGUCUGAGGCUGGCAUCCAAGGAUGAUUUAGUCGAGAUAGGCUUGCCCAGGGGCUAUGCAGGACUUCUGGUCUAUGCAGUAGCCCAGGAAGAUAAAGGCCAUGGUCCCGGCAAGGGAUUGGCUCAGAUAGAAACAAUAAAGCUUGAAGACCAAUACCUUCCAUCACAAGUUUUAACAUCAAGCGAGGCAAUCUCCGCCAUGAGUGAAAAGGGUGACUACAAGGUGGUGCCGGGAGGCGGAGUGGACGAUGCCAUCGGGGGCGGCGGCGGUAAAGACCUCGCGGUCAAACCCCUCGAUUCGAAGACCGCACCCGACCGAGAGGGGUGGGGGAAGAAGUUGGAUUUCCUGCUGGUCUGUAUCGGCUAUGCCGUCGGGCUCGGCAACAUCUGGCGCUUUCCCUACCUGUGCUAUACCCACGGAGGAGGGGUAUUCCUCAUCCCCUAUUUCAUCAUGCUGUUCCUGGCCGGUAUGCCACUGAUGUUCCUGGAGCUGGCCUUCGGUCAGUAUGGAGGGGAAGGUCCGAUCACCAUCUGGAAGGCAUGUCCACUAUUUGCAGGUAUCGGAUGGGCCAUGGUGAUGAUCUCCGGCAUGGUGGCCAUCUACUACAACAUCAUCAUGGCGUGGACCGCGCUCUUCUUCGUGCGUUCCUUCACAUCGGAAGUCCCUUGGAAAACAUGCAACAACACGUGGAACACGGACGCGUGUCAGGAGAACUCAUCUGUUGCUAUGGAGAUGGGAUUGAACAUCACUAAGCGACCGGCCCAGGAGUUUUACUAUAACUACGUAUUGGAUGUAGACGGUCACAACCUGGACGACAUGGGAUCCAUGAAGUGGGAACUGGUGAUGUGUCUGCUUUUCUCCUGGAUCGUCAUCUUCUGCUGCAUCUGCAAGAGCGUGAAGAGCUCCGGAAAGGUGGUCUACUUCACUGCGACCUUUCCCUAUAUAAUCCUAACUAUCCUCCUCAUACGAGGGGUAACUCUACCUGGAGCUAGUAUCGGGAUCGACUAUUACCUCUCCCCUCGCUGGGAGAAACUGAAGGAAACUGCUGUAUGGGGAGCAGCAGCAACUCAGAUCUUCUAUUCCUUGGGGCCUGCGUGGGGCGGAGUUCUCACCUUCUCAAGUUACAACAAGUUCAACAAUAACUGUCUUAUAGAUGCCAUCUGUAUCCCGAUCAUCAACUGCUUGAGUAGUUUCUACGCAGGCUUCGUCGUCUUCUCUACGCUAGGGUUCAUGUCUUAUAAGACCGGUAUCUCCAUUGACAACGUCGCGGUCAAAGGUCCUGGUCUUGUUUUCGAGACGUAUCCGGAAGCAAUCUCCCAGAUGCCUGCAGCCCCUUUCUGGUCCAUUCUAUUCUUUUUCAUGUUCUUCCUUGUUGGACUUGAUACACAGUUUGGGAUGGUGGAGACGGUUGUGAGUGGACUGACGGAUUACUACCCCAACCAUCUGAGAAAACAUGGCACCUUAACGGCCCUCGUAGUGUGUGUCGUUUUCUUUCUUCUAGGACUACCCAUGGCCUCCCAGGGAGGAAUUUAUAUGUUUGAGUUGAUCAACUGGUACAGUUGUUGGAUAUCCCUCAUGUUGGUGGGCGUGUUCGAGUGUGUGGCUGUUGCUUACUUCUAUGGCGUGCGUCGUUUCACUAAUGAUAUCAGACGCAUGAUUGCUGACUAUACGUGGAUGACACCUGUAGUCACUCCGCUACUCUACUGGUAUAGUAGCUGUUGGUUGGUUAUUACUCCUUCCAUUAUCGUGUUCAUCUCGGUCUUUGGAAUGGUAAACUACGUUCCCGUUUACUUUGGGGACUACGUUUACCCCAAAUGGAGUGAGAUGCUCGGCUGGCUAAUGGCCGUGGUACCUCUGUUCACGAUCCCGCUCGUGAUGAUCAUCAAGUUAUUCUUUGCUUCGGAAGGAGAGACUUAUGCUCAGCGAUUCAUGUUUCUCCUUCGCCCGACACCCCAAUGGGAAAACAAAGAGAGACAGUUUCAAGGCAAGAAGAAUCCCAAAAGCGGAUUCGGCAAAGACGUGGAGCUCGACUCCAUCAAACAGAUGUACGCGUGAGAUUUGGACCGGAGGAGAGGACAAUGGAAGGAGUAUUUUUCUCCCGGCUGGUAACUGGUAGGAAAGAAAGGAACUUGCUGGUUUCGAGACGAUAGGUGUUAGUUAAUACGGGAAUAUUGUUCUCCCGAUUUACGUGUGUAAGUUAGAAGCGAAAGUUAUGCUAUCGGUGUUAUAACGGCAAGGGUUGUAAAAAGACGGGAAUAUGUUUUUCCCGAUUUUGAUUUGUGUUGCGGUAAGAGAAGACGGGAGUAUUUGUUCUCCCGGUUUGUAAGAUAUAAGUAAGAAUAUUAUUCUCUCUGUUUUUAGGAUAGAAGAGAGGAUUAUUCUCUCGCUUUUAGGAUAAGAUGGGGUAUUAUUAUACUCCUGAGUUAUUAAGAAAUCAAGGAGUAUUAUACUUCUGGUUUUUGGUGCCAAAAACUGGAGAUUUUUAAAUCUCGAUCAUGGAAGGAGGGAGUUUUUUUUAGUUUUUUUUUACAUCAACUCGAAGAAGGGAAAGGAAGGGACGGGUGUGGGCAGGAGAUAUGGUUUGGGGGAAAGAAUGGACCAUUUUUAUCCCUGAAUUGGGACAGGUCGGAGUACUAACACCCGAUCAGGUUUAAGGAUGAGAAAACUAUAUUCCCAGGCGGGAUAAAAAUGGAGUUAUAUUAUUCUACCGAUGAGUGUGAUGAUGGUGGAAAAGAAUUUUAUUUUAUUUUAUCUAUCAUGGGAGAAGAGAGUAGGGUCAUACUCCAGAUAAAAGAUCAACAAAAUAUUAGGAGCAGGAUAUUCUUCCGAUUUAAAGGAAAAUGGGCGCAUUAUACUUAUGGUAAGGGGGUAGAAAAAAUGUGCAGAUAUACUCCGGAUAAAGAGAACAAAUCGAGGAAGAAGGUUGGGAUAGUACUACUCCGUGCGCAAGUGGUAGAAAGAAAGAGCCCACAUUAUUAAAACGAAUGGUAGGGGCUGUUGGAGUUAGUCCAGAAUCUGUUCAGGUUUUAUUUUCUUUCUUUUUCCCGCGAUCUCUCCCCUACCCGUUGCAAGCCGAUAAUCUGUGUGAAAUCGAUCGAUUUUUGUUAUUUCGUUUUGGCUUGCUAGGCGUAGCUUACAAAUUCGGGACUCACGCCAUCUUCGGCCUGCAGCGAGUAGGUGUAAUGAUCCAUCUUGUUUAGUGGAGAUCGUAAAAAUUUAAUCGGCCAGAUUCUGGACUGGGGGGGGGGGGGGUGUUGAUUCAUCUAAAGUUUUGUUAAACUUCUUUUACAUUCAGAGAGUCUGAGCUUUACAUUUAUUGCUUUGCAUAUUGUAUAUUUCAUCAUGUUAUUAUUUAAUCGAUUUUCCAUGCUGUGUUUCGUGUUCCAUUUGUCAUGUAAAAAGUGUAGUUCGAUACAAAUUGGUUACGUUGUUAUUUAAACGUUCAUAUAGUGGGGAGAGGGAGGGGCACUACAAUAGAGGGUCAAUAUGCGAGAGGGGCACUGCGAUAGGUGUGUGCAACUCUUCGUAGACGGUGAUUCUUAUUAUUCUAAGAAAUACAUUUUAUUAAAAAUGUGUGAGGUGUUAUGAUGAAGAUUUUAUCUUAGGUGCCUUUAAUGAUACCUAAUCUCUAGUGCAAUUAAAGAUUCCUAUACUAGAAAUCUUACUUUGCUGAAUUAAUGGUUUUUAUACUGAAAACGGUGCCACGUUAGUGUACAUAAGCGGAGGUUGUAGUUACAUGUAAUUGUUUGCUUUAUCUUUAAAAAAAAAAGAGGAUGGUUGUUAUGCUUAAUGUACGAUAUGUCGUAUGAAUCAUGAAAUAAUAUAUGUACAUGUACUUCCAGUAAUUGCUUACAUUUAGUCUAAAUGACACAUAUUUAGUUCAAAUGACACAUGCCAAGGUGAACAAACUUUUGAUUCUACCUCACACUAUCCCACCCGACAUUUUACUUUUAAGUUUAUAUUGAUAUUUCCUGCCACUUUUGGAGAAUUUCGAGAACCUGGUUCAGGCUAUCGUUAUCAUCAUUUGAAAUUCGUCAAAGAUAAAACGAAGAAAACCGUGAAUACAAGACAACAGUAAGAAGAGGAAGAGAUUGGAAGGAAUAAGAAACUAUUUAUUAUGAUCACUGUGUGAUUUUGAAGAAAUCUUGCUCCACAUAUGCAUUCUCGAAAUCUGUAUUAAAAAAAAAUGUAUUUUUAAUUUAAGGAGAUAUUACAUUAUCGUGCAUACAAUACUUCCAUAUUUCCAUAAUUGUCAUCAUUACCAACAAUGACGUGGCUGGUGAUUUUACGAUGAUACGCACACGCACAUUUCAAAGCUAAGUCAUAAUACUUGACAUGACGUCAUAAUGCAUUGUCGCACAAUUUGCGUUCAUGUCGAUGGCUAAAUCGACGAAGUACAGUAUCAUGUAUACUUAACGUUUAUGAUCACAGAGUAAUCCAUAUAAAAUUAUAUAUAUACAUUUACGUGAUAUUUUAUAAUAACCGGGUGAUCGGUGCCUUCGGAAUAUCAUGAAAAUAAUAUAAUUUUUGAUCAGGGUAUUAGUAAUUAAUCGAAUUCUCCAUUAUGCAAUAUUUUAAAUGUAUAAGUUAAAUUAAACUAAAAUUUAAAAGUUGUACUGAGGAUCGUUACAACCAGGCGAGGGGACGACAAAAGGGAUGCGAUGAGGUGAUAUAAAUCGUAUUUCUAAUUUCCCUAAACUUUCUUACCAGUACUUGACAUUUCCUCAGGCUUAUGGCUGCGAUAAACUACACCCCCCCUCCCCCUCCCCUCCCCCUCAACAAGAUAAAGGUUCAGUGUCCGAACAUGAACACGCAGUCUCUGGUAUACACAAAACAGUAUUUGAAGCAAGUUUUGAUUAAUAUUAAUUAUAUAUUCCAUUCUUUACUCGAGAUAUAUAGUUCUGGCUCAUCAUUAUCCCUGAGUAAUGAAAAUAUAGAUGACAUGAACGGUGCUCUAUCCAAAAUCCACCAUUGUGAAGAUUACUUUCACUCGGUAAAAGUAGUUUGAAAGCCACCAUGAAUUCCUAUGCAAAUUUGAAACUGUGUUUUAACUUUUGUUCGCUUUAGCAUUUACUCGUGCAUUAAUUUUGCCCUGUUGUGAUUAUUGUUCAGAGCAAAUCGUCUACAGUCUUACUUGUUCCAUUCGGUUGUUAUUAGACAUUUUGGUAGUGUGCUGUUUUGUGUGGUGAUGAGGUUGUCUAGGACACUCGCUUUACGUUCUGUGCGUGUCGUUGUUCACGCGGCCAAUUUGUUCGAAGCGAACUUCAGCCAUCAAGAAUAUAUAUUUUUGUCGUAUCACGUUCUCUACUCGUGGCGGAGGCCUGAGCCAGAGCAGCAAGUAUUAUAUCUUGGAUUCGUCUCGAUUCGUGGAGGCGCAACGGCAACUUGGAAUAUUUCCAAAAUGUUUUUGCGCUUUUGCGAAACUAGACAAUCUAGCCGAUGUGUAAGGAAUUUUAAAAACAAACCAAAAAACAAGAGAGAAGUAGAAAGAGCUAGAACUGUUUAGAACAUCCAAAGUGACGCAUUGUGACUUCGGCAUUAAAUAACGAUUUUUCUUCCAACGGUAGAGGGAGACAGAGCUCAGUUGCUUUCCUGGAUCUGUCUUAAGACCUACCAGAACUUUUAAAUACCGUAACAAAUGUUUAAAACCAAAGAUAAUUAUAAUCAAGUCUUUCCUGUCAUCUUAUGUAUCACGGACUAAAAGGAUUCUACGCUCGAAUUUAAUCAUGACUGGUGAUUGUUUGUGUUUGUUUAUUUAUGACAGUAAUGUUGUUUAUAUUUUGAGGUAAGGUUGAUUUAUGAUUUCACCCAGUGUUAAAGCCAAAGAUGUAUGGACCACCGUUAAGAAUUGUAUGAAUGUAUUGCCUUGUUUAUUAUUUAAUAGUCAUGGAAUUAUUACCCAUUUAUUUAAUUUAUUUUAAUCAAAGACGCUCUCAGUUGUAUAUACAGUUAACAUUAAAAUAGUCUUACAAGUCUGUGCUAUUGGAUUGGGUUUAAUAUGCAGUUAUUGCCCGUAUGUAGUCCAGGAAAUCGAGAUUUAUUAAGUGUAUUAUUUAUUUUUUUAUUUAUCAAGUGUUUAGCAAGUGUCUUUGUUGGUUUGAGUAUAUAAGUGUAUCGAUAAGAAUUAGGACACUUCAGGUCAUAUUCUAGUUAUUAAGUUAAAUCCGACUUUGGAUAACUUAGACUGCAGACUACACAACUUCCAUUGUUAAACCCGAAUUUGAACAAAAGCGUAAGCCCAGUGACGGGUUUAAAUUUGAGUAUGAAUCGGGCCAUCGAUGUUAUAAUGAUAUGUCACAUGAAUUGCCAAAGUUAGUGGAAUAUCCUUAAUGAAGACACUCGAAUACAUGGGGGGGGGGGGGGGGUUGGGAGGGGCGUUGAGGCGUUGUUUCAACUGAUGUGUCAUAAUUUUUAUUGAUUCAUGGGGUAGAAUAUGGAUAUACUCAUGAAGACGCUCCAAAUCUCUAAGGAAAGUCAUUCAUUAAUUCAUGUUUUAUUUAUUUAUUUUUUAAUGUUUGAAGUGGUUGAAGAGCCUAGUUUUAUGAAGUUACAUUGUGUGGAGUUCAUGAAUUCUCACCCACCGCUAUUUAUGAUUCUUCCCUCUCUCCCAGUCUUUCUCUUUUAUUUUCAUCUGUUCCCUUCCAAUUUCAUCGUUUUCUAUCCGUUUUCCCUAUAAUUCAUGUUCUACCAUAAUGUUGUGUUGUAUGCAUCCAUUCAUGUUUUACAAAACAUCAACUCUAUUAAGUUAUCAAUUUUUUACACUCCUGAAGGAAGAUGUAUCUUUAUGUUUACUUAUUCUCACAUAUUCGUAAUUAUAUUCACAAUGUAUUACACAGUCUCGUUUUAAGUUGGCAAAAUAUACUGUACACUGACACCCAUUCCAUUCGUAGUUCAGUAUCCUAUCGUAAUUUUCAAAAAUAUUUUAUUAAGUCUUAUUCUCCUUUUCAAGCAUUUAUUAGGGCAAUUUUAUAGUUCAUAUUUCAGCUCAUUUGUUUGAAAUUUUGAUUUAAGAGGGGCGGGGGGGGGCUGGAGGGCUUUUUAAGCGUUAAAAAAGUGCAUCGAGGUUGUAGGAACCCUCGGGAUGAGUGACGAUUGAUAUUGUAUCGCCUGGCUGGAAUGCUCCCCAGGGAGUGGAGAAUAUGCUCAUAUUUUAUGCGGGGAAAGCCGGAAUCCGAUAACCGGGGUAAUAAUAUAUCUCUAUUAUAUUAAGCGCUAUAUAAACGAAGAAUAUUAUUAUUGGUACCAUCAUUAUCAUAUAACAGUUAUUGCAACUAAGAAGUAAAAGAGGUAAAACAGAAUGCUAAGAAUAGUGAUUAUAGUACUUAACCUUGGUUUUUAGAUAAAACGCUUUAUAAUAUUUAAACCAACGUUGCCGUCCAAAUAGAUUUUCUCGUUUGCGUCGUGUGACGUUUUCUGUGGUGAAUUGAGUUUGAGUUUCUUUUAGUAAUUAUUUGAUAUAGGCACCGUCAAAUGUAUUGUUAUUCUGUUGUCUGCGUAUAACCGAGCGUAUAAUCUACAGAAAUUAUAAGUUUGAGAAAGUUGGAGAAACGUAUUUAAAAGUACUGCUCACCUGUAAUAAUUAUAACUUAAGAAGGUAAUAUCGUAGAAUGUUCAUUGUUUAUAUUUUUCUUCAUUUUUUCCCUUCUAUUUGAUCGUCUUUGAAAUGUGAGCAAAGUAGCUAAGAAAGUCAUGCCAUUGUGAACAAUAAAAAGUUCAUCAGACAAACAUGAAAA